AUGCAUCUUCUCAGCGUCGCCGGUCUUCUUGCGCUUCCCGCCCUGGGAAGCGCUGGCUCAUUCGUUGCUCGUCAGGCUCCCGAGGGGGAGACCAACAACUCCACGGCCCCAGUCGCCCGGAGCUUCAUCAUUGAGUACACCAAGAAUUCUGCCAAAGCGCGUCGUGACGUUACCCUAGCAUCGGAUAUCAAGAUUGUCAAGGAUUUUGAGACCGAUGUCUUUUCUGGCGCCAGCAUCGAGACUGACACCCACAACAUUGACACCCUGCAAUCUCUUGCCGGUGUUGCUCGCGUGUGGCCGAAUACUCGCGUGACCUUGUCUCCAGUCGAGGGUCUGCAGUCCAUCGAGGAAGCUGCCGCCAAAGAUUACAGCAGUCACAACACGACUGGUGUCAGCAAGCUCCAUGAGAAGGGCAUCUUUGGUCAGGGUGUCAAGAUCGGUGUUGUUGACUCUGGCACGUGGUAUAGGCACCCUGCGCUUGGAGGAGGUUUUGGUCCUGGUUUCAAGGUCGCAGGUGGCUAUGAUUUCGUUGGUAACGGCAACAUAGUUUGGCCCUACGAAGACAAGGCCCCAGAUGACGAUCCUCUGGAUCAAAUGGGCCACGGUACUCAUGUCAGUGGCAUCAUUGCUGGAAAGACUGACUUCUGGACCGGUGUUGCUCCUGAGGCCACUCUCUACUCUUACAAGGUUUUCAGUCAAGUUGACGCCACCGAUGAUGCUACACUCAUUGAGUCAUUCCUUAGAGCUUACACUGAUGGGGUGGACAUCAUCACUGCCAGUAUCGGCGGCCCAAGCGGCUGGUCUACCGGUGCUUGGGCAGAAGUUGCCUCGCGACUCGUGGAAGAGGGCGUUGUCGUGACGAUUGCCAACGGUAACUCGGGCGCUGCUGGUCCGUUCUUUGCAAGCAGCGGCUCUUCUGGUGAAAACGUGCUUGCAGUGGCUUCGGUCGAAACCGAGACGUUUCCUGCGUCGCCGUUUGAGCUUACUUCCACUCUUGACGGCAAGACUGAAAUUGUCAAGGCUGGAUACCUCCCAUCGACUUACUACUUCUCGUCCGAGGUCACAGAUUGGCCUAUUGUCCCCUUGAACUUCGACACCACCGACCCUGCUGAUGGUUGUGAGCCUUACCCCGAGGGCACCAGGAGGCUAGAGGGCGUUAUUCCUCUCGUUCGCCGUGGCACUUGCACUUUCUCCACGAAGCAGGCCAAUCUAGUCGCUCUUGGUGCUGAGUAUAUUCUGAUCUACAACAAUGACGGCCCUCUUAUCACGCCUUCUACAGACAGCGAUGAAGGCCUCAUUGGUCUCAUCACUGCUGCAGCUGGCGCCUCCAUCAUUGACACUGUCAAGGCUGGAGGUAACGUGACAGCAGACUUCUCCAUCAACCCCGAGCAAAUCGUUGGUCUCGAGUACCCGGCUGGUGGACGUCCAAACACCUUCACCUCCUGGGGAGGAACCUAUGAUCUCCAGAUCAAGCCUGAUAUUGCUGCUCCUGGUGGCCAGAUCUUUAGCACAUACCUCGACAACACCUAUGCCCUGCUUUCUGGCACCUCGAUGGCUACCCCAUACGUCGCCGGUGUUGCAGCUCUCUACAUUAGCGCCCACGGCGGACGUUCUGUUCAUGGCAAGGGUUUCGCAAAGGCGUUGCAUCAGCGCAUUAUUUCCAGCGGCACCUCACUCCCAUGGUCCGAUGGCACCGCAACUGACUAUGGCUUCUCUGCCCCCGUUGCCCAGGUUGGUAACGGCUUGAUCAACGCCUUCAAGGUCGUCAACUACACCACCAGCCUUACUUUCGAGAAGAUUGCUCUGAACGAUACCCACUUUUUCAGCCGGUACCACGAUGUUACCGUCACCAACAACGGGGCCAAGGACGUUAGCUACAAGUUCUCCUAUGAAGCAGCUGCCGGCGUCGAAAUCCUCGGUUGGUAUCCGUUUGUUGAACCCUACGCGGGUGAAAGAAGAUUGAAGAGCUUCUCCGAGUUGACCCCCAAGAGUCUGCCCGUUGCAGUCUCUGUGCCGAGAGACUUUACUCUGAAGCCGGGCGAAAGCAAGACUGUCUCUGUAAAUUUCCCCAACCCCGACAAUCUGGGCUGGAACUCGUCAGCGUUGCCAAUCUACAGUGGAAAGGUCAUUGUUACCGGUAACAGCGGAGAGCAGCUCUCCGUCCCAUACUUCGGUCUCGGCGCCAAUCUCAAGACCGAAGUCAGCCCCAUCUACCGCCCCACCUAUCCCUUCACCACUCAACGCGACUAUGUGUACUCCUUCGACCUGAGUACAUCAGUUAGGGAUUACCCCAUUAUCUACUCGAAGCUUAUUUGGGGUACCAGGGAAGUCCGAUGGGAUAUUUACGAAGCCGGAUGGACAGAAAGACAGUGGGAGUACCCUCCUGUGCCGGGCAAAAACGGUUACAUUGGCCCCGCUACUAGCCAUGUCGUCACUGGAAGUGUCUCCUACUUUGACCCCAACGUCUAUGAUCCUGAUGACACAUGGACCUACCCCAAGGUUGAUCUGUACCGCAAUGCUCAGACGCAAGCCUCUUACCAUGAGUUCUGGUGGUUUGGAAAGCUGGGCAAUGGCAGCCAGAUUGAGCUUGGCAACUACACCAUGCGAUUUGCCACCCUAAAGCCCUUUGGCAACCCCAAGGCGUCUGACAACUGGGAGGUUUUCAAGACCCCUCAGAUCCAGGUCACAGGCAAAUAUGAGAGAAAGAAUUAG